AUGGAGCCGAGCGCGGGGCACAAUCAGGUCCUCAAAUCCAUCGCCCCAGGGAGGACUGGCCGCUGUCUCCCAGGUCGUUCCUCGGUGGGGCCCUCGCUGGAGGAUCAGCGGCGAUUUUGGGAGCUUCCCGGGCGCCCUGCGCGCCAGUUGGGCGGAUGCCGGGGGCGUUCACAACUGAUGCUGCCUUCUCGGUGGCCUGUCCCUGUCCAGCGCGCUCCAGCAGAAGUGGUGGUGGCUCAGUCUGGGACGGAUACUGCGUUGAAUUUGACUUUUCUCGACCAGCCCCGGGUAAACUCGCAUCUCUAG